GCUCUAAAAUGUCUUUAAAAAACAUCUUUAAGAUGUCUUAAAAACGUCCUAAAAAUACGUCGUUUUUUAAUUUCUUUAACGAUUUUGAAUUUUGCAAUAAAAAAUUUCAAAAAUUUUUCAUUAUUUAAGUAUUUUAUGAGCAUCCUAACACUGUUAAAAGUAGCUCAGAAACAAAAAUAAGGACGUAGAAAAAUUAAAAUAAGUCCCAUUGGAACGGCCAGAAACGCUCCAUUUUAGCCGGGAUUUUAUGAAAUUGUUAACAGGAACACAUGAUAUAGGAGCUCGCACUUAUUAUCGGUUUCGUCAUGUUGUAACAGUUAAUCAAAAGAUGCGACUAACUUUCGUGCGAGCUCCUGUAUCAACAUGUGUUCCUGUUAACAAUUUCAUAAAAUCCGGCUAAAAUGGAACGUUUCUGCUAGGGAAUUUUGUCUAGAUCUUUUAUGUUGUCGUUUUUUUUUACCUUGCUGUGAGGCCUGUGAGUGUGUCAUGUGGUGUCAUGUUGCUGAUGUUUACGCGGGAACAUCCUGGAGAACACAUAACCUUUAGCGUAAUUUGAGCUGCCAAUGCACUAAGAGCUCAUUUAUAUCUGUAAAUUGUUUUACUUCGCUUUAACAUGGAACUUUUUGAAGAUCCUGUUUUUAAAACUAAGUACACAAAGAGCAAGCUUCGCGUGAAGAAAUGGGAGAGUAAUUUUAUGGAAAAAUAUGGACGCAAGCCUAAUAAGAAUGAUAUAAAAGAAGCAGAUGUAUCUAUCAAAGAGGCAUACAAGAUGUACUGGAAAUUAAAGACACGUGCACUUGAGGAAACUCUUACAGACAUUACGUUCUGCGAUGAUGUGCAGAACAAUGUAUCAAACAAAUCGCCACAAAAGCUGGUGAAUGAUCAGAAGCAAGAUAAGAAUCCGAGCCCACAAAAAGUCACAAGGGAUACAGAGAACAUAGACCCUCAUGAUAGCAAAUGUUCUACAGAAAUUAAAAACUUUAACCAAUUGGAUACAGUAAAAAACAUUGAAGGAGUUUGGGGCGACCAUUUGAAUAAGAGCAAAGACCAAGUGCCAAAGAAGAAACAAACUUUAUUAAUUGGUAGAACCUCCUCCUUCCAACUUUCUAGAAACAAGUUUGAGAGUUCGACUUUUACUAAACGAAAUCCGAGAAAAUCGCUUUCGUUGACCAAAAUAAAGACCAAGUUUGAAAAGACUGACAAUUCAGAUGUUGAUCAAUUGGAUGCUGAUAGCAAGGAUAGCAUUGAUGUAACGGCUGACGAAAUAAAGUUUACACUCGGCGAAUCGGUAAAAGUGAUAUUUGAGGAAAUGAAGUCUGUUCCGCAUUCCAUUAACGCUGUUCAACAACUGGCCGAGGGUCACGUGACUGGUGUGAACCGUAAUCUAGAUCAGGGCUGGCUGAAUCGAUGCGCAAAAGAUAAUAACUUGGACAUAGCGACGUUCAAUCAGCAGAGGCUCUCCGGCACCAGUGAUUCUGGAAUGGAAUCAACCGAGUCUAGUAUUUAUUCCCCAAAGGAUUUGGCGCCUACCAUUCAUUCCACCACAUUAUUACAAGUCUCGGAUGAAGAAGACUUUAUAUGUAACAGUGAUUCUGAAGAAGAGCGUAAAAAAAAGCGCAUCAGAAAUUUCAAGAAGCAACUAGACGGUCAUCAAGACGGCCGCGCUGCGAAGCGACGAUGCGUUGAAAUCGAUUCUGCAAUCGCUCUGUCCAAUAGCGCGACUGAUAACGAUAUAUCUAAGUUGACUCCUGAUAUUGAGGCGAGUUUUAAUUUAGUAUCCAAAAGUGGAUAUAAUGGAAAUAAAAUUGACAAUGUUGAUGCAUUCCAAUUCACUGACGACAUUACCACGAAUUUAAAUCAGUCGAAUAGAACUCAAAGUGAUAAAGUUGUUUCAAGUUUAAAAAUUGAAUCAAAUAUUAAAAAUAAGAGAGUAACAUCUGAAAAUGUCUGCUGCACCAAUAUGGAUGAAAUAAAUGAAUCUAACGUGACAAAUUCUGAGGACUCUUUCCAGAAAAAACCAGUGAGGCAACGUGCAUCGCGUCAAAGUAGAAAACAAAUAUCGUAUGACGAUUCCGAUCCCGAUUACGCGGAAGAGGAAGACAAGGAUGUAAAAGUGAAGGUCACACGUUCUCAUUCCAUUAAGAGAUCUACAAAGCAACCAAGUAAAAAGAAGACAAUGUACAGUAAAGAAAAACUUAAUAAGCAGAAAGAAUCUUUCAGAAAAGAGCUCGAUUUGGAGAAAAAUAACGAAGAGCAAAGUUCAGACUUAAAAAUAGGAAAGAUUCCAAUAUAUGGCGUGGAAAUGACACAAACGAUUCCUCGUUUCGCGAUGAAACCAGCCGGCAAUGGCGAUCUCAUUACGCAAUUUUCCGAAUCGGUUUGUGUCGAUGCGACGGAAAAGGACGCUGUGAUACCGCUGAAAAAGGACAUAAAAUUGACUGCGAAGGAAAAGUUAGAGAAGAAAAUAGCUGCUGGAACAGUAAAUGAUAAUUAUGUCAGGAUAAAUCUAAAGAAGAAGGUGUUUGUGCGAGGUAAAAAGAACUUUAAUCUGUCCAAGUACAAAAGGAAUCAAUGGAAGCAGAAGAAGAAGGAUUUGGCGUCUAGCGAGAAUAAUUUGGAUGCGUUGGACUUGAUGGACAAAAAUGGCACGACGUGCUUCAAAUGCGGCAAAUCCGGACACUUUGCUAGAAAUUGCCCCGCUUCCAAGGGCGACGCUCUUCUGCCCUUGGAAGAAGUGGACGAAUCGUCGAAUUUCCCGACUCUGGAGGAGGCCGAAAAGAUGGCGAAUGAGAAUGCGGUUGUCGCUCAUACUCAUAGAAUCGAUCGGCUUCCGGAAAGGCCGUCUCACUUCACUGCAAAGGAUUCCUGUUUGCGGAAUGAAAAAGAAGAAGAAGACAUGAUAAAAUUAUUCAGUGACGAAUUUGACUUCGAAGAAGACUCGAGUGAGAGGGGAGACACGUUAACUUGUGGACACAAAAUACCGCAAGAGCUGCUGUCCAGAUUAUUGCCGCCUGUGGUGGAAGCGGUGAAUCCACUGUAUCCUGUAAACGAAGACGGCAGUCUUAUUGAAACCCCGAUGGAAGUCUUCGAGGCGCUACGCAUGUUCGGCCACGAGAGCUUCAGGAAUGGCCAAGAGAAGGCGGUGAUGAGAAUCCUGUCGGGCCAAUCCACCCUGGUGACGUUGUCGACGGGUUCCGGGAAGUCUCUGUGCUAUCAGCUGCCGGCGUAUUUGCACUCCCGCAACACCCGCUGCAUCGCUCUGGUGGUAUCGCCCUUGGUGUCCCUAAUGGACGACCAAGUGACCGGCGUGCCUCGAUUCCUGUCCGCCGCGUGCUUGCACACCGGCCAGACGCCGAAGGUGAGGGAGCGGGUGAUGCAGUCGGUGAAGGACGGCGAAGUGAACAUUUUGCUGGUGUCGCCGGAAGCGGUGGUAGCCGGCGAAAAAUCCACCGGUUUCGGCGCCCUCCUCAGACAGCUGCCGCCGAUCGCGUUCGCCUGCAUCGACGAGGCCCACUGCAUUUCCCAGUGGUCGCACAAUUUCCGGCCGUCUUAUCUGAUGGUCUGUCGCGUGCUCAGGGAGAAGCUGCGAGUGAAGACGGUGCUGGGGCUCACCGCGACCGCAACGAGGACCACGACGGAGAGUAUAACGAAGCAGCUGAACUUGCACGACGGUGUGGCCGGCGUCGUAUCGGAUGUGCCGUUACCUAGAAAUCUUGUUCUAACGGUGUCCAAGGACGAGAACAAAGACCAAGCCCUGAUCGCACUGUUGAGAAGCGAGAGAUUCCGAGAAUGCGACUCUGUGAUAGUUUACUGCACUCGCAGGGAGGAGUGCGACAGAAUCGCAGGAUUAUUAAGAAUAUCGUUACAAGAGGCGCAAAAGCCUGAGAAUCCGAAAGCGAAAACGUCCACGAUAGCUGAAGCUUACCACGCCGGUAUGACGGCUCACAAACGCAAAGUUAUACAAAAAGAGUUUAUGAGUGGAAAAAUUAAGAUUGUGGUUGCCACCGUUGCGUUUGGAAUGGGCAUCAACAAAUCGGACAUUCGGGCUGUCAUUCAUUACAAUAUGCCCGGCACCUUCGAGGGAUACGUACAAGAGAUCGGCCGUGCCGGAAGAGACGCCGUCACGUCGCACUGUCACUUAUUCUUAAAUCCCAAGCAAGACAGCGAUAAGUGGGAAUUGCGCAGGCACAUAUAUGCGAACGGUAUCGACAGACAUACAAUUAGACACUUGCUUCAAAGGAUUUUUAUUCCUUGCUCUUGCGCGAAAAUGAAUGACAAAAGUUUGGAUCGAAGAUGUCCCGGUCAUGAGGUUGCUCUUUCUGUCGACGAGACAGUUCAAGCUCUAGAUAUCACGGAGGAGACGAUUUUGACGUUAUUGUGCUACCUCGAGCUGCAUCCGAAGAGAUUCAUCACCGUGCUCUCGUCUGUAUACGUCCGAGCGCGGGUUUCAAGUUACAAUGGACCGCAAGCUCUCAAACAAGCCGCGCAAUCUUCACCACCGCUCGCGAUGGCAAUAGCAUUGGACAUGCGGAAAGGGAUUUCGCACGAGAAUAGCAAUAUCAUAGAAUUUCCAGUAAUCGAGGUCGCAUCAGCCAUUGGCUGGGACAGUGGCAUAGUGAAGAGUCAUCUUAAAAAUUUGGAAUGGACGACGGGAGCUAACGGCAAGGCGAAACGCUCGGCAAUAUCGGUACAUUACGACAAACUCGGCUUACGAGUGAAGGCACCGGGCGAUCUGACGGAUGUCGAACUGGACGAGGCGUUAGACGCACUGAUUGCGCGCACUCAGUCGCAGGAAUCCUUGCGUUUACAGCAGCUCGAAUCCAUAUCUUGCGCGCUCAGCAAAAUCAGCACAUCUUCGAUCAAGCACUGUUCGAUUUUAAACGAUGAUGUCACAAGGAGAUCGGAAGAACUCAAGAGUGUCAUCAGAGAAUACUUUCAGUCUGAUUCUCCGAUAAAAAAUGUCGAUAACAGCUUUCAGGAUAAAGUGGCGAAUGAGCAGCAGAUCGCUGCUGAUGUGCGCAGUUUGAUAAUGAGUUACGGAGACACCAAAUUCACCGGUCGCGCUGUAGCUCGCAUCUUUCACGGAAUACAAAGUCCAAAUUAUUCCGCUGUGAUUUGGAGCAAGUGUCGUUUUUGGAGAACUCAUCUCGCUGCAGACUUCAACGCUAUUUGCAAAAUCGCGACCAGGGAAAUUUUAGCGUUACGAUAGGGAUUGGUUUGAAUAAUAGUACGUAUGUAAUGUGCGCUGAAAUAACUUUUUGUUGCUUAAAUUAAACAUUUUAUUUUUAAUCAGAGUAGGUAUUUAUAAUGCCCUAAAAUAAAUUAAUAAUUUUUAGAUUUGCUUAAAAGACAAGAAAAUUUAACAUUAAUUUAUUGAAGCUAUUAAAAAGCUUAAAAAUAAGUUGUUAUUUAACAAGGUGCAUACAUUGAACAGAUGCGGUAACUUAUUUUAUAUUGGGAUAUCGUCAUCAAGCUCAUAGAUUUCACUUGAAAAAAAAAGAAGGUAAAAUGUUAUGCAUCUUACGCAAUAAAGUCAAUUUAGGA